AUUCCCAUUUGAAAAGGAUAAGUAGGAAUGGCGUUGAGCAUAACGCCAGCUGGAUGUCAUCGAUGUGAUCGCCAUUGAAGCGGCUGACAGUUAGCAUUACUGGUUGGUAAGAAGCUUCUACAGACAUGCACGACUCAGGAGUUAUGGCUUUACCCUGUAAUCCGGCUUGGAGAGCUGGAUUUCAAAAGAAAUAUUUGAGUAGGUUCGUAGCCGAGCUGCAGCGCAGGAGAGUCGAACGCAGGCCGAGCAGUGUCAAAUCGGCUGCCGACCUUUCGCUGGCCAUGGCGGUUCGGGGUCGAACCGCGUGGAGUCGGGCCAUAAUAUUUGCAAGCGCAAGUCGGAAGGCUAACAGAUCUACCAGAGCAUGGAGAAUACUUAAAAAUAGGAGAAAUUUUCAUUCUCGCCUGAAAAGCUUAAGGAAAUCCACGGCCAACGCCUGCAAAUCCACUGCUUUUUGCUCUAAGCAAACCCUAGCCAAGCGGCCGUGCAAGCCGGAGGCGUGCAGUACAAGCUCGCAGUCGCUUGGCGAGGAAGAGCAAAGCGUUGAGCUUCGGAUUGAAACCCUAAGGACUCUUGUACCGGGAAGCCGCGGCCUGGAUACACCGAUUCUUCUAGAGGAGGUGGCAGAAUACAUAAUGGCGCUAAAGAUUCAGGUUGAGUCAAUGCAAGCCCUCGCCAACCACCUCGAAAAUUCGGCUGUUAAAGUUUCCUGUUCCGCAAGGCAAUGAAUUGAAUAACGCGGCUGUGAAUCAAGUUAUUGUUAAAUAUUUCCAGCCGUGUGAAAAAUAAAAUCAGAAUAGGCGGAGCGGAGAACGCCUUGGUUAGGUUACGAAUUUUCUUAGUAUUAUUGUGCCUCUUCUCUACUGUGUAGAUUCUCUAACAAUAUUUGCUUCUUUCGGUGUAAAAUAUCGACAUUUCUUUUUGUUCA